GCGCCUUUAUUUAGAUUACGUCACAACGGAGCAAAAUUGUGCAACUGCCCAAAAUAUUUCAAGUCACGGCGUGCGACGCGAUUCUCGCUCUAUGACUAGUCUUCCUGUUGGAAGGGAAAAAAAUACGGUGUGAUCUGCCUUCAAUGAGGACAACAAACGUAUCGUUCGGCCAUCGAGGACCCAGUUUUAUGGAGUUUGUUAUCGACAGUGGCGACUGGUGUCAAGCACAACACGAAUAAGUCAGCGAAAAAGAGCUCUAAAGACUUUGAAAUCCUAUUGAAUGGGGUAAUUCGCCUGGAAUUUUGAUAUUUUUUGGUUAAGUGAUGGUUUCACGCCCUCUUGCUACUAAAGAAUCAUAGAGAAUCGAAGAAACAUAAAUAUGAAAAUGCCGACCGGAGCUAAUCGCGAGACUUCGUUCCACGGACCUGGGGCAGUAAUGCUGGAAUACAAGUCGAUGAAAUUCCUCAUAACUGACCGCCCAACUAACUCAACACUCCCACAGUAUAUUCAGGACUUGAAGAAAUACGACGCACACACGGUUGUACGUGUUUGCGAACCGACAUACAACACGGAAACAUUGUCAAAAGAAGGAAUAAUCGUGUUGGAUUGGCCAUUUGACGAUGGCGCAGCACCUCCGAAACAACUCGUUGAAGACUGGUUAAAGUUGCUAAAGGGCAAAUUUAAGGAGAGGCCUGGUUCAUGUGUAGCAGUCCACUGUGUGGCAGGCCUUGGUCGAGCACCAGUCUUAGUUGCACUGGCUUUAAUUGAGAGUGGAAUGAAGUAUGAAGAUGCUGUAGAGUUUAUUAGAAGGAAGCGCAGGGGUGCAAUCAAUGCCAAACAACUGUCCUACCUGGAAAGAUACAAGCCAACUAAACUACUGAAAGAAAAAGACGGAGGACCAAAUUGUGUAAUUCAAUGAACAUCAAGAUUGCAAGUUUGACAGGAAAGGUUACAGGAGGCUCUGACAAUGCCUGAACUGCUGCUUGCUUCAUGGAUUGUAGUGUACUAUGUACACUGUUUACCAUCACUGUGGAAGCUGUUGAAAUCAGAGAAUAAUAAGAAAUGGUAGGCUUGAUCCAGUGUCCAAUUUUAACUCAUGUUUACUGUAAAAAAAUUCAGGGAGGUAUCUUAGAUAAGCUUGGGUUAAGAAUGAAACCAACCAGUAGAAGAUUAGUUGUACUAUGUCUCUCGAAGAAACUUUCUCACAUCAUUCUGUAUAUUUUCAAUAUUUCCCACUUUCUUAUAAAUUGAUAUGCUGCAAGUUAUUUAGUUAUCAAAUGAAGAUGUAGACUGCAUCCAUGUCAGGAUGAGUCUUAUGAAUGGGUGGAUGUUACUUCUUUCCGACCAGCUUUUCCUUUAUUAUGUAACCAAAUGCAAUUUAAUGCAUGCUGGUGAUCUUGACAAUUUUUGGGAGUAAGGAAGCAAGAAAUGUACUAUCUGAUUGACAUGAACUUCACUAGCCAACAAGCAAGGCAAAUAAAUGUACUAUCUGAAUGACAUUAACUUCACUGGCCAACCAGUUGCGCAAAGAAAUGCUUGAGUGUACAUCAAAGCCAACGGAAUCCUCCUACAGGGCCGUAGCAAGGGGUGGGGCACUGGGGGCAGGUGCCCCCCAAUUUUAUUAAAAAUUCUAACAAAAUGACCAGUAGGGACUUGGCUGUGUCCCCAAUUUUGUUUAAUGUUUCUGUAUUGUGCCCCAUCCCCCCCAAUCUAACGUGACCUGCUACAGCUCUGUCCUAGCUUUGAAGUUUCUCUCAGUCAAAGUAGUGAUUUACACAAGCUGAUUGACAAACUUUUCAAACUUUGUCUUGGUGGCCAGAGUAGUGUGUCACACUUAUAACUGUUUGGAUGUCGCAAUUCAAGCUUUGCCAGAUUUUCCAUAUACUCUUGGCUGAAGGAUUUUUUUCAUUCCUGAUUCAAAUACAAUCACAUAUGCAUUACCUUUUCAGGAGAGAUGAUUUUUUUAGCUCAUAAAAUAUGCUGAAAUAUUCUUUUGCUCUUUUAAGUAUGCUGUAUAUUAUUUGAGAUAUUUCAUUUAUCCAAAAGAUUGGUAUGUAAUCUUUUUUUACAAAUAAAGAAAAGCAGUAUCAGAGCUUAUUACCCAUGCAGAUUAGUUCUCAACAAUGGCACUGAAGAUUCCAUCAAAUAAUUAAUAUUACAGUAAAUUAAAUUUUACGUCAACUUUUCUCCCUCAAAGGUUGAAUAAAGUAAUCUUGAUUUUGUUAGAAUUUACAGUCUAGGAUAUGAUUUCAUAGAGAUAGAACAUUAGACUUCAUAGAGAUAGAACAUUAGACAAAAAGUGGAAUAUGCAAUGGGAAAAAGUAAGCUGCAACAGUGGUAAAAUUGAAUAGAAUUCAGUAUUAAAAUGGAGGGUUUUGAGGUAGCAGUAUUUUCAAACCCUAUAGGUUACAAACAUGGUAGACAGCAGUAAAAUCAGCAGUGUAGUAUGAGUAAAUAGUCUUGGAACACUUAGCAUAAUAUACAAUCAAAGUUGUCGAUUACUAAAUGUGUUAAAUGUGAUAAAAAUUAAUGUAAUAUUAUGCAAUUUAGUCUCCACAACUUUUGGUUCCAUGACUUUUAUGUCUCUGUAUAAAUAAAGUCCAUUUGCCCAACUUGCAUUGCAAGUGUCAUUUUGAAUCUCAUUUGCAUAGGGUUACAUAGCCUACAAAACCAUGUAAGCUGGAUCAAUGGACUUAAAGCUUGCAGGCUAGAUAGAAUGUCAGUCUUAAUAGUCACUGCACCAUAACUCAAAGCAGAAACAAGAUCAGGAUUUUUAAUGUUUUGCAACUCUAAGACAUAGAAAAACAUAGACACCAAUCUGAGAUAUACACAAAUCAAAUCCUUUCUCUCUGCCAAACCCCCCUCAAAGGAUUGGCCUCUUUAUUUCCUUAGUUUGCAAAAUACUCAAAAUCAAAGUUACAGGAUAACUGGUGUAAACAAAAAUCGAAACCAUUUUUGUAGACCAAACUAUCUUUAUGUAAUAUGUAUUAAUUUAUUGGAAUCACCAAAUGGGAAAUCAAUAAAGAGCUCUGACACAUGGCA